AAGUACAGCGUCAUCAUCAGUAUCAGUGAAAAAAUCAAAACUUAAUCAACUAACUAUGGAUUCAUGUGUUAAUAAUAUUAAAGCAUUCAAUGUAAACGGGCAGAAGUAUGGACAACUAAGUAAUGCUAUCAUGUUCAUGAUUUGCAAGGAUACAUUACCAUUAAAUACAGUUGAAAAAGAAGGUUUCACAUAUUUGAUGAAAGCAGCAGUGCCUUUAUAUAAACUUCCUUCACGGCAGACAACUACGCAAAUGAUAGAUGACAAAUAUGAUGUUCUUUCUUUGCAAUUCAGAGAAAAGCUUUUAGAAGUAGAGUCAAUAUGUUUAACUACCGACAUCUGGACUGAUACACAUAAUACUAGAAGCUACAUGGGUUUAACUGGACAUUUUAUAUAUGAAAGUGAACUAAUCAGUAUAAAUUUUGGUGUGUCCUAUUUAACUGAGCCCCAUAAUGCCGAUUAUUUAUGUCAAGUAUUAAAAACAAUGACUGAAAAGUGGGGUAUAGCUUCAGAAAAAGUUGCAGCAGUUGUUACUGAUAAUGGUGCGAAUAUCGUCAAGGCCGUAACAAUUGCAUUUGGCAAACAAAAACACUUAUGGUGUUUUGCCCACACUUUGAAUUUAGCAGCUCAAAAACCUUUUGAAGAAAAAGGUGGUAUUGAAAGUGCCAGACAGUUACUGAAUAUUGUAAAGGAUAUAACUAGAUACUGUAAACAAAAUGUAAAUGUUGCUGAUGCUCUUCGUAAAGCGCAAAAUGAUGUAACAGUACCACUUAAAUUAAUUCAGUCAGUUUGCACACGAUGGAAUUCAAUUUACUAUCAGCUAGUUCGGUUUGUAAGGUUAUCGGAGCUACUUGCCUCGAUAUUACUCAAUUACCCAAAAGCUCCACCUAUGUUAACAGCCAGUCAAUUAGAUGGUAUCAAAGAUCUUAUAAAAAUUUUAAAACCUAUGGAAGCUGUGACAAAAGAAGUAUCCGUAGAGAAAUUUGUAACGUCAAGCAAAAUUAUACCAAUAGUUUCCUGUCUUUUGAAAACAUAUAGUACAAUGAAGACAGAAACAGAUGUUGGCGCUGUAACCAAAAAUUUAAUAUUGGAAGAAUUAAAGAAGAGAUUUGGUACAGUGGAACAAGUGCAUAUGUUAGCUAUCACCACACUACUGGAUCCAAGAUUCAAGAAAAUUCAUUUUUCUGACAGAAUAGCAUGCUCCAAAGCUAUUGAUAAAAUUAAUAGUAUGAUUGUAGCUUCAAAAAAACAAUUGGAGAAUAAAUUAAGUAAUGAAGAUCCAGGAAAUAAUUUUGAAUGCCAGCUAGAGAAAGCAGAAGAAUCGAACAUUUGGGAAUUUCAUAACAUAUUAGUAAAAAAUCAGCUACAAUUAUUUCAAGCAGAAAGUGAAGGACAGGGUUUACAAGACGAAUUGAAACAUUAUUUAACCCAGCCUGUCGUCGACUUUAAAACGACGGCUCCUAUUACAUAUUGGUAUCACCAAAGAAAUUCCUUGUACAGCACAAUAACGCCGAUUGCUAACAAAUACUUCUGUAUAGUUGGAACAUCUGUUCCAUGUGAAAGGCUUUUUUCUAUUGCGGGAAAUAUUGCGACUGACGAAAGGAGUCGUUUAGAUCCUGAGCGAUUAGAUAAGUUAAUUUUUUUAAAGUCACUCGACUUAAAAUACUGGGAAAUGUAAUUGCUCGUUAAAUUUGUAUUUAACUUUAAUAAAAUAUUAUAAACUUAAAAUUUAAUUUAUUUAUUGACUGACUUACUUAUAUAAGACUAGAAUUUUAAACUGCCACAUUAGUUUAGUGGUUGCAAGUCAAGUACUACUGCUGUUGAGCGAAAAAUCGUGGGUUCGAUCCCCAGCCUCUACCCAUUCUUUCGGAGGAAUUUAUCCGUGAUGUUAUGUUUGUUAAUUUAAUAACUUCUAUCGAAUUACUUGUAUUUGCGAUAAAUGGUCAUCAAUAAUGUCCUGUAUCUAUAUAAGGCGUGUUUGAAAUUGGCGCGAUUAAUCGAAAAUCGAUCUUUUAAUGCUCGAUUUAAACAAGAAUCGAUUCUAGCAUGCUCGAUUCGAAUCGAAUCGGAGAUCGAUUUUUUUUAAA